UGGUUGUGUUGGUGGUGGGCCUCGGUAAAAUUGGCGUUAAAAUGGAAACAGAAUUUCGCUACGAGGUGGAGGUCGCGCGAGCCGAAGACAAGUGAACAUGGGAAGGUCCAAGUUUCCCGGUAAACCGCCGAAAACGGUCACCAGGAAGCGAAUCAAGGUUCUUGGGAGACCCGAGGCUGCCCAAACCGACCCCGUAACCGUCGUCGCCGCCGAGAACAUUUACUACGGACUGUCCCUGUUCAACGAAACAUUCGGUGACAACGAAAAGGAACACCCACCAUUUCAUGGCUUUAGCAGCAAAGAAGCCAAGCUGUCUGUGUGUUAUGUUAAAACGCAACAACGGGACACGGAAGUGCCUGAACGGCCUCUAAAAAAAUCUCCCUCCAAGUGUAGAAAAGACAUUAAAGACAUUAAAAAUCCUCCAUUGGAUGGAGAAAACGUAAGGGAUGCUUCUCUGUACAAACGUGGCUCUAAUCGAGGUCGAAUUUCCCGAGAUAGUUUGGGUAAAACAGAGUCGGACGAGGCUAGGAGAGUUUGCAGGAUGAAGAAUCGAAGGAGUAAAAUAGCUGGUACCGAGGCUCUGAACUUGAGCAAAGCUCCAGUGCUCAAACCUGUAAACAACAUCCUAGAAAGACAUCAACGAACCAGGCAACUUAGGAACAGUACAGCUAAAAGAUUACUGCAAAGGGCCAAGUCAAGCGGUUCGGUUAAUACUCGGAACAGCACAGGUUCAACCGGAGACAAGAUUGGUACUGUGCGCAAGUUUGUUUUACCUGUGCGAAGUGUGCAUUCCUCGAGAGUAAUAAAACCGAAUAAAAGAUUUAUAGAAGAAUUGGAAGAAACAUGCAUCCCGGAAAGCUGCGAGAGUCUCAAUGAAAAGUACCAUAAAAGAGCCAAAGUCUUACCGGACAGAACGGGGGCUGAAGAGGUUGUCGAUAAAGACACGAAGAAGCCUAAGAAAACCGUACAAAAUGUCACAGCCAACUCAAAUAUUUCAAAUCACACCGUUAUAGCCGCUGAUAACGAGUCGAAGAAACCUCAGGUUUCUACAUGCAAAAACAAAUCUUCCGUCAAAUCUUCCCAUGUCUCACCCAACACUCCUCAGGAUCCCGUACCGCAAUUACCUAAAUCGAAUAACUGUACAAGUAGCAAGCAAACUGUCAUUCCCACUAAAGUUCCUCCUGAUUCCAGUACCACUAAUACCGAGUCUUCCAGAGUUCAGACUCGUUCUGGGACACUCAGUGCAGCAGUAAAUUCUCCAAGCCCAAAAGCAGACUCUGAGCCUGCUCAUAAUUCGGCUGAUAAUAUGCCUGCUUUGGAAGACGUGCCACUGUUAAGAGAAAGCGUCGAUAAUGUCAGCGACAAAAGUGUCUCGUCGUCAAACUCGCAAAGCUUGGACACAGAGAGCAACCUUUCGGAAAGUGGCAGUGAACACAGCGAUCACAGUGAGGAUGAACAAUCGGAAUGGUCGGGAAUGAAGUUGAAUGGCGGUAAAGUGAUCCUGCGCAAGGCAAGGCUGAAGUUGGACAACAGAACGUCAGGAGGUGCUGAAGGACCGUUUUCCAACUCGAAUGCCCACAGCAAUUCAAGUGGAAGUUCUAAUCCUGGCUUGGCUGCCACUGUCAAAUGUGGGGUAUGCGGGGCAGUACGUUUUUACCGAUUUGUUAAACAGGCCCGUAAGUUUGGCAUUCAUAGUUGCGAGUCAUGUCGCAAAUUUAUUAGUAAGAUGAUCAAACGUCAGGCUUGCACAAAGUCUACCAGCAACACUCUUCCGGUACUUCAAUGCCACAAGGGUGACGGACUGUGUCUGGUACCGCCAGUUGUCAGAAGUCAGCAAUGGAAUCUUAUGAGAUGCGUCUACAAAGCUAGGUGUCCAGCAUGCUGGCUGAAGAUGUGUCUAAAGUGUUACAAUAUACCUGCGGCUCUAAGAGCUGGAUUGAACCUGUUACUUCCACCUUUGAUGAGGGAUCCUUUGGCUGUCUCAGUAUCUGUGCCGAUGUCUGUAUGUCAGGAGGAAAGCGAAGGACAAAUGCAAAGAUUGACGGGGUGCAAAUUGGGUUGGCGAGCCGAAGACAGCUUGGAUAGAAGCUUGUUCAGAUCGGCAACAAGUUGGAACGGACUUGAUAUGCUCGGACAGAAAACGAGUCAUCAAAAUGCCGUUCCAGGAGCGCUGGGCAAAUUGGAAAAAUUUGACUAUCCGAUAUCAGUAUCACCAAGCAAAAAGAGAAGAAAAGAUAACAGGAUAAAGGUUCGAAAGAAAGUAAAAAACCCAUCGCUAGAUCCAUCGACAACAGAUCAAUUUUCUCAGCCCGUCAGACAGAGGCUGGAGUUGAAAGGACCUCGAGUUAAACACGUCUGCCGAAGUGCUAGUGUAGCGCUCGGUCAACCAAUAGCGACAUUUCCGUCCAGCGAGGGUAAAGAGGACAGUGUUGAAUCUGGAAAGAACAUUCCAAGACUACCUAAAGAUGAGGAGAAAACGGAGGAAGUCAAAAAAGUCGAGGAAGUAUUCAAAGAGAAGGAAAUAAUAAAAGCCUACCAAGACGAAACUAUCAAUAUAGUUAACAAUCAAGUUCAACAACCGUCUCAAAAAAGGGCAAAGGUACAAGGACAACAGAAUCUUUCAACGAUAAACCUUUCAGUCAUACGCUCUCUGCCUAAGCCUGUCGUUGAUGAGGUGCACACAGUUUCUAUAGACUUUUGGGAACAGUACGAUCCAGCUGAGGUCGGAGCCAAAGGUUUUGCACUAAUCGGUUCUGAAGCCUUCCACAUUCCUGCGAUAUGCUACCUUUGUGGCAGUGCCGGUAAAGAACCUCUGAUCCAUUGUCAGUGUUGCUGCGAGCCGUAUCAUGCUUUUUGCCUGGAGCCAAGCGAGUGGAACGCAUGUGCUCAACCAAAUUGGUGCUGUCCUCGCUGUACAAUUUGUCAAACAUGCCACCUCAGAUCCGGUCCGAAAUUGUCGUGCAUUCGAUGUCGCCAGUCCUUCCAUCACUCCUGCCUAUCAAAAUCUGGGAUUAGCGCAAGACUGUACAGUCCCGACAGACCCUAUGUAUGCCAAAGUUGCAUAAAAUGCAAAAGCUGUGGAAGCGAAGGUGUCAGUGUCCAUGUUGGCAACCUACCUCUAUGUUCUAUGUGCUUCAAGCUCAGACAGCGUGGAAAUUAUUGCCCUCUGUGUCAGAGGUGUUACGACGAAAACGACUUUGACACAAAGAUGAUGGAAUGCAACGAAUGCUCAUGCUGGGUUCAUGCACGGUGCGAAGGCCUUUCGGACGAACGUUACGAAAUUCUGAGCUACUUACCAGACUCCAUAGAGUUUAUUUGUCGCCAAUGUUCACCGAACCCAAAUUCUAUCUGGCGAAACGCAGUCGAAGCAGAACUGAAGGCAGGUUUUAUAGGUGUUAUAAAAUCCCUAAGUAAAAACAGAAAGGCGUGCGUUGCUCUGAAGUGGAGCCCUAGAAAGGAGUGCUUGUGCAGGCCAAUAUCUAGCGUCAGAAAGCUGGACUUCUCGGACGAAAAACUUGAGGUGUGUGUUAUAAACGGCAAGGAAGUUAUCAACAGGUUCGAUGACUACGACGACUGUAACAGUGAGCGUUCUACAGAUGCUGAUUCAAACUUGAGCGGAAAUUUGAAGUCUGAUAACUCCAGUAAAUCUGAUUUUGAAACUGAUGACCAGCCUACAGAUCCACCCAAGAGAGGGUUAAGGCGAUUGCGACAGAAGUUUCACUUGAAAGAAUGUUCGGUUAGAGUGAAAAAUUGCCUUUCAAAAGAGGGGCAGGAAAUUUUGGACGGUAAAGACACGGGCGUCGAUAUUGACACGCCACGUGGUUCUGCAAUUGAGAAUAAAGAGUGCCUUUGCCUUGAGCAACAAAUUAUUGCUAGGCCAUCACCAACCUUGAUGUCUGUAAAGCGUAAAGUGAACGGUAAUGAAUACGGGUCAUUGUUGCAGUUUCACUGUGACAUGGAACACGUCAUCAAUCGUGCAUCUAACGAGGAUCUUGUUGAAGCGUAUCACAAAAUUCUGUGCGAGGUAUUUCCUUGGUUUCAUCCAAAGCAUUCGAAAAUCACAUCGAGCACUGGGGGCUUGUCCACGCCAACGAAAGAAUCGUAUUCCAAAGACAGCGAGAAUUUUUUGGCAAAGUUGGAUGAUUCAAUUCUGGAAACGUGGAAGGAGGAAGUUCUGAGGGCACCAAAAGCUAUCGCAGCGAAAUCGGGAAAUUUAUACCAGAAUAUCAACGCGCAGGACAGCAGGUCAUGUUGCUUGUGCAAAGGACUUGGUGAUGGUCACUCUACAAGAGAGGGCCGUCUCCUUUACUGUGGCCAGAAUGAAUGGGUUCAUGCGAAUUGUGCGUUGUGGUCCAACGAGGUAUUCGAGGAGAUUGACGGAUCGCUUCAAAACGUUCACAGUGCUAUAUCAAGAGGUCGGUUAAUACGGUGUACAGAAUGUGGAAAGAAAGGAGCAAGCGUUGGUUGCUGCAGUAAAAAUUGCAAUGGAACGUAUCAUUAUCCAUGCGCAAGAAACAUAGAGCUUGCAUUUAACGAUGAUAAGACGGUAUUCUGUACUUUGCAUUUGUCCAACUGCAUGGACAAAACACCGCAAUCUCAGGAGGACUUUGAUUUAAAAAGACCAGUUUAUGUUGAGUUGGAUCGUAAAAAGAAAAAAUAUGCCGAACCUAAUAAGGUCAAAGUCAUGAUCGGCUCUCUUACCAUCGACUGCCUUGGCACCAUUGUUCCAGAGUUUUCUGACACAAUUGAGAAAAUAGUGCCAAGUGAUUACAAGUGUUCCAGGCUAUACUGGUCCACCAUUAACCCUUUGAAAAUUGUCAAGUAUUAUAUUAGGACGUUUGUUCAAAUAUAUGUACCCGAGGCAGCUGUGGAUAUGGAAAAUAAUGUCACCAUCGAUCACUCCAUGGAGCGAGAGAUGGAAAGCGAAUCCGAGAAAUCGGUUGCGGUAAAACAGACGUUGGACACUCUCAUAGAUUCUGUAUGCAAUAAAGAAGCGGAUGAAAAUUUAGCUGAACAGAAUAACACAGACCUCUUACCACCGGAGCUGAAGGACGCAAUUUUCGAAGACCUGCCCCAUGAUCUAUUGGAUGGAAUUUCGAUGCAGGAUAUCUUUCCAAAAAUGUCGUAUGAAGACUUUUUAGCCAUGGAUAUGAAAACUGAUGGCGGUUUUGGUACAGAUUUAUUGAAAGAUGAAAUAUUGCCAACAGAAGUAGACGAGAUGAUAAAACCUACUGAGAACAAAGUGUCUAAAAUGGAUCCUUCUAUGCCGGAACUCGGACCUCAGAAUGAUUUCUGGCUUCACCUGGAAGCAAAGAGUUCUGUUCAAGAUAUAGUCGACGAUAUAUUGAAUUCAAAAAAUCAGAAAUUGGGGGGCAGAGAACUAAAACGAUCAAAGUCUGAGGUGAUAUCCAACAAUUCCGUCGUCGUUGGCGGUCCUAGACAUCACCAGAGAUCCUGUAGUCUUACCUGGAGCUACAAAUUAGACGGCACCUAUGGACCCACAAUGAAGCGGAGAAAGUUGCCGAAGAAUCUAAAUUCUACAAGAUCAGAAGCCGCUGUAACGGUUGUGGAGUCUCAAAACGAGCGGACCCCAAUGCUGCACGAACUCCGUAUACCAGAAAGUAUUAUGCUAACAGUGGGCAGGGCUAGUACUCCCAGUAUUAUCUCAGAGUCUGUCAGAGAGCUCAAAUACUGCAUCGAGGAUUCUGGCGUGACAACACGGCGCACUUCGCCGCGGGAUGACGGCAAAGAACACAAAAGGCUCCUUUGGCAUGCGAGGCAGCACCCGCGAAUUCUCCAGGUAGACGGAACAGCGGAUACAGGAAGCGCAAGUGAGUGCAGCUCUCCUGAAUACACAGCAGAGGAUCGAGUCCCACCUCUCCAUUCGCUGGACGCGAUUGUUAGGAUCCCCCAGGUCGACGGAGCAAAUGAUGAUUCCUCCUGCGACAGUGGAAAAUUUGACACUGGCGCAAGUUUGUAUAAAUACGCGUCUAGGUUUUCAAAAUUGAGUAGGGUUACUCGAAAGGAGGAUGGAAAGGAGCUGGUGGAGAAAUUUGAUCAGAGUGACGCAGUGUCCUUUAAAAUUCCGCAGCUGGAUGGAGCAGAUGACGUGUCUAGUGACGACGAGUGUUCAUCGCCACACUCUCAGGUUCCGGACGAAUUGGGCACGAGCUUGUUAACAAAGUACCUGCCAAUCCCCGAUCCUGUGGAUCAACCUGUGACUUGCAAAAGGUGCCGAUGCACGUACAGGACACAGGAUAGCUACAACAGACACCUUGCUACCUGUGACAUCAUGACUACAAGCGAUAGCGACUCCGAGACUAUGGACAACAAACUUCAAUCCCCAGAUUCAAGGUUUUCACCUAGUAUUGGGUCUUCGAUUGAAUCACCACAGUUCAUUACUAUGUCUCCGUCUGAAGGACACACUUUGUCAUCUGAGUAUUCCGAUAUCCAAGCUACAUCUCCCGUUGAAGCUUCGGUUCCCUCGCCCCAUCCUGGAAUUCAAAUGGAUCCCAUCGCUCAGGCGAUAAUGACACCUCAAAUCCACACUCACGCCACGGUAGAAACUGUUCACCAAACGGUAUUAACGUCCAACGACAUGAUCGUACAAACUCAGUAUACUAGAACAACUACAACAUUACCAAAUGCCACAGUAUUACCACAGCAAUCGGAGAGUACAGUUCAAAUAACCGAAAUCACAGAUCCUCCGUUGAUAUCGAGGGAUUCUGUGACCAGUAUUACACAAAGCGACAUAAACGUACCCCUAACAUCACCGGACAGCACAAGCUCUCAGACCAUUCCAAGCCCCCAAGUAUCGCCAACUUUUUCAUCGACCGGUGUUCAGACCAGCGCCAACGAGGCAGGAGUAAAUGCUGGUGUUCAGCAAGCUAAGCUUUCGAAGCCAAAAUCUCCCAGAACCCCAAAGCCCAGGGUCAAGGGCAUCAAGCCCAAUAUAUUACGAACCUCUAACGUACCACAGUCAAGCCACGUCCGGUUCCAAACGAUCCAAAAUAAUACGCCAAUCAUACAGCUGCAGCAAGCCCAAAGAGCCACUGGUCCAACGGUUAUUCUACAACAGGUUCCCCAGCCAAAUUUGAUGUCCGCAUACGUGGAAGCCCUGCAGCAGCAGCAACAGCAACAGCAACAUCACCAGCAAUCGGCUCAAAACUUGCAGUACGUAGCUACGAUCGGAGGGCAACAUGAGACCGGCUAUAAGCCACAAUUCAUAACUGCGAAUUCGUUAGUUCCUGGUGCCUACAUUCAGGCCUCGUCUGACAAUUUGUUGACGUUGCAAAACGGCGGAAUAUCAGUAUUACCGAGCGUACAAAUAGCUCAACCACAGCCGACCGUUUUGGGCACUAUUAUUCAGCAACAACCGAGCGCCAUACAAUGUGGAGUGAUAUCGUCAGAGCAAUUGGUACUUAGCUCUGCGCCGGCGCUUGAAAUGUUCACAGAUUCAACAGGGAGUAUGUUCGUCUCUAGCCAACCGAUGUACUAUGGUCUUGAGACAAUAGUGAGCAAUACCGUUAUGUCGUCUAGUCAGUUUGUGGCCGGAGCUGUUCCUCAGGUACUCGCAAGCAGCUACCAAACUACUACGCAAGUAUUUCAAGCUUCGAAACUCAUGGAACCAAUCGUAGAUGUUCAGUCUGUGUCUAAUGUUCCAAAUGUUCCAUCGGUACAAACGGUUCAGAGUGUUCCUGGGGUGCCCGGAAGCUAUGUGGUCGUCAAUCAACCACAACCCCCUAUUGCUGAGCCAAGUAAUCCACAAUUAACUAUUCCAGCAAAUCCGGAACAGGCUUUCGCUCCCGCGAAUUGUAAUUCUAUACAACACGGGCCGUGCUUACAGGUAGCGGAUCCUGUACAGCCACUACAAGUACCACAGAUUCAACCAAUUAUCUCUAGUGCAGUUUCUCCUAGCGAUAUGUUGGCUGGUUGUAAACAGCAGCAACAGGCUUCAACGGCAAUACCAAGGGUUGCUGUUAGACCAAGUCCCGUGUCUCACACGUCUGUGCAACCCAUUCAACAAAUACAGUCAAUGCAGCCCUUGCAUCAGGGUCCCUGGAGAAUAACGGAGCCUCUCUUUGCGUCGGAGCAGCCUAUCAGCAACAAUAUCAGACCGUACUUUGACUCAAAACAUGUGUCGGAAAACACUAGCAUGAUAAAAUCAAGCAUAUCAACGAAAAUGCCACCUUUGCCAAGCCACUGCGUACCACAGAGGAAUAAUAAUAAUAUUACUGUAAAUAAAAUGAAUCACAAUGAUGUAAAUAAUGUGCAUACCAACUACGUUAAUACGAUGUCUAAUAACAGUGGAAGUAGUUGUAUUGUUAAUAGUAGUAGUAGUAAUAGCAAUUGUAACAACGUUAACAUGAUGAACACAAACAAUGUAAACCCCAUCAAUGUGAACGUUUGUGCAACUAAUAAGAUUACCAUGCCAGUGAGCAAUGUACCUACAAGCAGGCCGAUGAAUCGGGUUCUACCAAUGCAGGCGAUCACCUCAAAACCGGAACCAGCAGAGCAAAUGCAGAAGCCAGAUAUUGCUGGCGAGGAACCAACUAAGCUGAACGUCCAGAUUUCCAAAGGCAGAGAUGACAUGAUUGUCGAACCGGUGAAAGAACCAGAUGCGUCUACCAAUGAUUUGAGUAACAGUGAUGCAAUGGCGUUUGAUAUCGAAACGAUGAAUAAAGUGAAAGAGAACUUGAAGUUGGAACUGGAUAAGGAAAAGUUACAGAAUAAAUCUUUGAAGAUUGUCUUUCAAAAGCAGCUACAGGAUGGUUCUUACAAAAUAACGCAAAAUAUGAAAGCAGUUUCGCAAAACAAAAGGACACCACAAAUCACUUCAGUUGAAAUUUUAUCACCUAGAGAAGCUGCAAAGAUUACUUCCCUACAACUUUCGCCGCUAAAGAACUUUGCGUUGAAGUCGGGCAAGAUAGAGAGCAAACCAAGCUCGCUUGAUAAUAAAGUGGAUUCGCCAAAACCUAGACCGCCUCCUAUAGCAGUGAAGAAACCAAGAAUUGUCUCGAAGAUCUUGAAACCUCCAAACAGUAAUCCUCCCAAGUUGAUGGUAAAAAAAUCAAUUUCGAAACGACCCAGCAUGAUGUACGAAAUCAAAUCGCAGGAUGGUUUCACGCAUGUUGCUUCUUCCAUGUCCGAAGUCUGGGACAAAGUCUUCGAAGCUGUACAGUCUGCACGGAGGGCUCACAACUUGCCUCCGUUACCUCACAAUCCCCUUACGGAAAAUCUGGGACUUGAAAAUAACGCAACUGUGUAUCUGGUGGAACAAUUGCCAGGUGUGAAUAGGUGCACCAAGUACAAACCAAAGCUGCAUAAUUUAAAACCGCCAAAACCGAGCGAGAUAGAAAACGACUUACUGACAGAAUGCGACAGCGGAGCUGCGAGGGCUGAAUCUUUCAAGGGAAGGAAGGUCCACGACAUGUUCAGUUGGCUGGCAUCGAGACAUCGACAGCAGCCAAAAAUGAUUGCCAUUUCAGAAAACGAAUCACGGAGAGCUGCUAGCACAAAUUUACCAAUGGCAAUGAGGUUCAGGAUUCUUAAGGAAACAUCUAAGGAAUCUGUCGGCGUUUAUCACUCGCACAUUCACGGAAGGGGUUUGUUUUGCUUGCGGGAUAUCGAGGCUGGAGAAAUGGUCAUUGAAUAUGCUGGAGAGGUAAUCCGAGCAUCAUUGACAGAUAAACGCGAAAAGUACUACGACAGCAAAAACAUUGGAUGUUACAUGUUCAAAAUUGAUGACCACCUAGUCGUGGAUGCAACCAUGAAAGGGAACGCUGCUCGUUUCAUCAAUCACUCUUGCGAGCCAAAUUGCUACUCUCGAGUGGUUGACAUCCUUGGUAAGAAACACAUUCUAAUAUUUGCGCUACGUCGCAUAGUGCAAGGCGAGGAGCUGACCUACGACUACAAGUUUCCCUUUGAGGAUAUCAAGAUCCCGUGCACCUGUGGUUCCCGCAGAUGUCGAAAAUAUCUCAAUUGAGCAGCGCGUACCUGAUUGGUGACAUUGUUAGGAAAUAAUGGAUUGAAAAUCACGAGAGCAUCGCGCGUUUAUUGAAAUAUAUAUCACCACAAGGUCAGUUUGCACCAAUCGUAGUAGUUCUAUUCUCAACGAUAUCGACACACAAAGGAAGAGAAGAAGAAAGAAAAAAAAACCACGACCGAAUUACAGAUGCAGCUUUUUAUUUAAAGACAACCACUCGAUGGAGCGGAACGGAAAGAAAAAACGAAAUAGUAUAUAGUUAAGAAUGUUUUAAAUAUUGACAGGCCAGAUAAUAUAUCUCAGCUGACGCAGCGUUGUGAAGUCGUUUUAAGUUUUACUUUUCAUUUCUCUAAACGGCUACGCUUAGUAAUUAAUUUAAGGAGUAUAUACCAGUAGCAAUAAUAAUCAAUUGAAUAUAUCUUCGGCUUGCUUUUACGCUUCAAAAGUUAAUACACCUUAUCGUGUUAACGACUCUUUGGAUACACUUUACACAUGCCUGUGCUAUGGCACGCAACUUAUAGAUUCUACGCAUCGUCCACUAUCGAGGCUCGCUCGUAAUCAAGGUCUAAUUAUCGGUACGCAGUAACAUUCACACUGGAUUACAAUCCCUUAUCGGAUUGCUUAGUAUUUUGUGCAAACGAGCUAUAUUAUACUGCCGUGAAAAUUGAAUUUGGUCAAAAAAAGAAAUUGAAAGUACGAUAAUAUUAGAAGGUCCAGCGUGGGUUUUACUGGAAACUAAAUUGACCUUGUACGGGCUCAAUUUUAAUGCCAGAUUUAAAGCUUUCUUGUAAGAUAUGUAAUUGUUAAAAAAAACCACACUUUGUCUCGAUGUAAGUGAUGAGAGUACCCAGUUUUACGUAAGAUAGGAUCGUAGGCAUUAAGGAGAGAGAUUGAGAAUGGCAAGAAAGGAUGAUCUUUUUAUUUUUAUUUUUAUUUUUUUUAUUUUUCUUGUAAAGAAAGACUAUCCAAAGGUACGUCUACUUUGGCAGCGAUGUGCGAAAGGUAUGAAUAAUAUUAAUGAUUUGUUCACUUGAGCCAUACCUUACUGUUGCUGUUGUAAUAGGACAGAACAAAGUCCCCUGUUCUUAGGUUGGGGGUAUUUUACGAAACUCCCAUUGUAAGAUAUUUAUCCUCCCCCCUCCCUUCCCCCCAUGAUGGUUAAAUUUUUU